AGAGAAACAAGUAUGAGUGCAUCCAAAAAAAAGACAAAGAGAAUAGAUGGGAAAAGAGUCGGUCAUCUCUUAGAAAGAGCCAAAACCAUAUCAGAAAACAAAAUAACUUCCUCUUUUAAUCCAACACAUACACAUAAAAUGGGUAAGUGUGGUGGGAGAAACGGUAACGGCGUUGGCUUUAACGGUCAAGGAGGCGGUGGAGUUAGGCCGUACGUACGGUCUCCGGUGCCUAGAAUCAGAUGGACGCCUGAUCUUCACCGUUGUUUUGUUAACGCCGUCGAUAUGCUCGGUGGCCAACAUCGAGCUACUCCGAAGCUUGUUCUUAAGAUGAUGGAUGUGAAGGGACUCACCAUUUCACAUGUCAAGAGUCAUCUCCAGAUGUAUAGAAGUUCUAAACUCAGUUUGGGGAAAUCAGAGGAAAGCUCUUCAACUUCAAUAAGAAGAAGACAAGACACUGAAGAAGAUUAUCUUCAUGACUACUUGUCUUUACACACAAGGAAUGAUUGUCUUACGGGUUUUCACUCUUGUCCUCUUUCUUCACAUUCUUUACUUAGAGGUGUAAGACAGGAGCAGACUUCAGAGUCUGGUGGUGAUUACUUCCCUCACAUCAUGAACACGAAGAUGAUGAAAGAAACGACCGCGUUUCCAUCACAUCACCUCCACAAGAAAACAGAGGAGGAGAACACUUGGAAUGAACAAGAACAAGAACAAGAACAAGAACAAGAAGAAGAUUUGUCGUUAUCUCUGUCGUUGAAUCAUCAUCAUCAUUGGAGAAGCAAUGGAUCAUCAGUGAGCGAAACGAGUGAGGCGGUCUCUACAUGUUCAGCACCAUUGGUCAAGAAAGAUUGCUUCGGUUCUUCAGCAAAGAUUGAUCUUAACCUUUCAAUUUCUCUCCUCGGCAGCUGA